AAAAACUGUUUUUGCUAUUGAGCCAACCAUCCCUUAGAUUGCUUUAUUUUCUGUCGUAGCAUUUUCUUGUCUAUAAGAAGGACAUUUCUCAUUCCGAAGUUCGCAGGCUAAGACAAGCACUCGAGAGAAAAGAGAGGGAAAUAGAGAGAAACAUGGGAGACCAAACGCCAUGUGCAGCUUUGUCUAUUGCGUUGAACAAAGUGAAACCAUACCUGGCAAUGGUGUCCCUGCAGUUUGGAUAUGCAGGGAUGUACAUAAUCUCCUUAGUUUCUAUGAAGCAUGGCAUGAGUAAUUUUAUCCUUUCUACGUACCGCCAUGUUGUCGCCACCCUUGUCAUUGCACCCUUUGCCUUUGUUCUUGAAAGGAAAAUAAGGCCGAAGAUGACCCUCCCCAUCUUCCUCAGGAUUGUGGCUCUUGGUUUCUUGGAGCCAGUGCUUGAUCAGAACUUGUACAAUCUGGGAAUGAAGUACACAACUGCAACAUAUGCAUCUGCUUUCGUCAACAUGCUUCCUGCUGUUACCUUCAUAUUGGCAAUGAUUUUCAGGUUAGAGAAGGUCAAUGUGAAGAAAAUCCGCAGUGUAGCAAAGAUCAUUGGAACUGCAAUCACGGUCGUGGGAGCAAUGGUCAUGACUUUGUACAAAGGUCCUAUUAUUGACUUCAUCAAGUCAGGAGGAGCUACUCACCAUGGAACUACUGCUGAAUCUGCGGAUAAACACUGGGUUACUGGCACCAUAAUGCUUCUCGGAAGUAUCUUUGGCUGGUCAAGUUUCUUUAUUUUGCAAUCCUUUACAUUGAAGAAGUACCCGGCAGAGCUCUCUCUUACAGCUUUGAUAUGUUUAAUGGGAAUGUUGGAAGGUGCAGGAGUGUCCCUUGUCAUGGUCCGUGACCUAAGUGCCUGGAAAGUAGGCUGGGACUCAAGGCUUCUUGCUGCAACUUACUCUGGAGUAGUGUGCUCCGGAAUCGCAUAUUAUGUUCAAGGAGUAGUGAUCAGGGAACGAGGACCGGUCUUCGUAACAUCUUUCAGCCCCCUAUGCAUGAUCAUCACUGCUUUACUAGGGGCCAUUGUUUUAGCUGAAAAAAUCCACCUUGGAAGCAUACUUGGAGCCAUUAUCAUAGUCACAGGCCUUUACACUGUGGUGUGGGGUAAAAGCAAAGAUGGGAAAAACUCAGAGACUGAUGAGAAAAGCAAUGCCCUGCAGGAAUUGCCAAUCACAAACAAUGCUAGACCAAUGAAUGUUGAUGAUGGCAUGGAUGGACCUGCCAAAAUUGUUAAUAUUCCAGCUUCAAAGAGCUCCUUCAGCACUCGAGGAACAUAAAGCAUUUCCUUUAAAAUUUUCAUAAACUUCUAGCAGAGUUGUUCUUCCCAAAGCAAUAAAAAGAUACCAUGUAACCACUAACCAAUGCCUCCCCCUCUCUCGAAGUUGCUCUGCAUCUAAGUUAUUUGUAGCUUAUCAUGUUUUGAUUGUACUCUGAGGCUUUAAUUUGGUGAAGUAAAAACGAUGAAUCGUUGCGGUCGGCCUAUAUUCUUGUCCAAAUAUUUCAUUUCAAUAC